AACCAAUGUUGCUACGAAGCGGCCGAAAACAUAAACAUUGCGAUCGAAUUUUCUGCUCCGGUCUCAUCACCGGCGGAAUCGACGGUAACAGGCAGCUUCUGCAGCCAAUCGUUCCAAUUUUAUGUGAUUCCAGAGGAACGAGCUCUUUUAACAAAUUGCUCGCUCAGCAAAUUCCAAAGGGUGUUAUUUCGGUGCCGGAGAUAGAUAAUUUGGAAGAGCAAAUAUUGUGACCCCGGAGCCCAAUUCGCAUAGAUAUGGUACCUAGUUACUAGAAGGAAAUUUCCUUCUGGUCACUAAGUUACGUGACUGUGAAAAUAAGGCCCCCGAUCUUUCAACGCCCAUAAUCCGAAGGCCUUGGUUAGUACAGCAGCAGCAACUGCCAGAGGAUACAGUACGAAAAUCAAAGCAAACUUCAACUUCACAAUUGAAACGAAUACAGACCUUAGCGAACGAUGCUCAAGAUUAGUGAAAUAACAAAUGUGGGGGGAAAACAUCAUAGCAGCCUUUGCUAAAAUCGCGGAAACUUCAAACUAAAUAUGUCUGCUGUGCGCCGGCUUCCUUUUGUCGGAGCCACAAGAAGACUAUUGGCAACAACCGCCGCCCCAGGUCCCAGUCAAGACGGCUGCAGUAGCAACAAGUCGGAGAACUUGGUAUGUCCACAGAUCAACUCCCACGUCCAGGCGGCAAUAAAUGAACAGAUCAAUGUCGAGUAUGGAGCAGCGUACACUUACCUUUCGAUCAGCUUCCAUUUUGCAAAGUCCAACGUCGGUCUAUUGGGAUUUUCAAAAUUGUACCGAGCUAUGUCUGUGGAGGAAGUCGGUCACGCAAAUAAGCUAGCGAGUUAUCUGCUGGAGCGCAACGGUUCCAUUGAUCUGCGCACGAUUCAAAAACCUUCCAGCUGUAGUUGGAGUAACAUUGGGACCACCAUGAACGAAACCGUUCGAAUGGAGAACACCGUCUCCGAAGCGCUAUCUCAGUUGUACCGGAUAGCCGAGAAACACAACGAUCUGGUCACAACAGAUUUCAUCGUGAGUGAGUUCUUCAAAGAGCAAAUCGAUGAAAUACGGACCCUUUACCUGCUAAUAGCAAAGUGGCGAACAUUGGAAAAGGCCCCGGACGGAGCUUUUCAGCUGAAUAGGGAGUUACUAAAAAAACAUGAAUCCGACUAAUUG